AUGCCAAAAUUCCCCACCACUUCCCGGAACCCCACGGUAUCCGCUCCUCCCACUCGAGGAGCCGUUCGAAGGUCAGCCGGGAGUGGCCCGCCACCCGGACACGCACUUCGAUCUUUACCCCCAGGAGGCAACCACGCGCCCCAGCAUACCUCGCCGAGGAUGCAGGUCCGGUCCACGGCACAUAUCACACCGACUUCAAGAAAGUCGGACGAGGAUCCGGACUUCGAGACGGCUCACGCAGCUUGUACCAGAACAUUCAGGCUCGCUGAGGAACACAAUCAGAAGCUCAAGGCACGCUUUACUGAGCAACAGCAGCAGUCUGUCGCCAAAGAGACCCAGCUAAACGGAAUAGUCCGGCAGCUUCGCUUAGAGAAACAAAGGGCUACCGAUGAGCUUCGGCAGUUUCGCUUAGAAAAGCAAAGGGUUACCGAUGAGCUCCAGAGACUACGGGAUGAAAACACCAGCCUGCAGCAGCGCUUAGACGCUACAGACUUGGAUAGGUCUAUCAUGACCCUGGACGAACACAGCCAGGUCUUGAGGGAGAUACACGCCGCCUCAUCUUUAGUAACCGACAAGGUUUUACAAAAGAUCAGCGAGACCCAAAAUGUCCAGUGCAACGCCUCGUUACCUUUUCCAGAGAUGACCCAAGGAUCCUGGGUCGGUCCGGACGAGCAUUUUGACUUACCGAGCAACCCCCCUUCUCCCGGAGGACGCCGGUCCUCUAGAUAUGGCUGA